ACAAAAUCACUCAUUCCAGCCACCAAUCCUGGUUGGGUCAGGCAAAAUCAUUAAGAAUGUACCAACGUCUUUUCAUUACAGCUUUGCAGUCGCUUUUGACGAAUCUGCUGGAAUGGGACGUGAAAUAGCUCAUAUGCACGCGCACAUCCCCAGUUAACGUGAUCCCCAGUUGCUCCAUCACACCGGAAUUACUAUUCGUGUCUAUGACCGCUUAUAAUAACGCCGUGUUUCUCUUUGUUGUUGUUAAUUCUGGGCGGUAUAAAUGUGAUCAUAUGAGCUCAUGUAAUUGCGUUAAAUUAAACGUUCGACCGUUUAAACGCGGAAGAACAGAUGACACAAUCAAAGGGAACUUCAGGGAUCAGUUUCAUUUGUCCCGAGCACUUUGUCAGAAUGGCUGGAGGAAAGUGUGACUCUGAUAAUAAUCAAGAUUCUGACGACUGCGUGGAAGAAAAUUGUAUUUUCUGUAAAAUCGCAAACAGAGACGAUCCAUCCACUGAGAUACUGGCGGAAGAUGAGGACAUUGUUUGUUUCCAGGACAUUGAUCCAGGUGCACCUCAUCAUUACCUGGUUAUACCAAAGAAACAUGUCCAUAGCUGUUUGUCACUCCAAGCUGAUGAUAUAAAUCUAGUGAAGAAGAUGGCAGAUAUGGGAAGAGAUGUACUGAAAGCCAGGAAUGUCACAAAUUUGGAAGACAUCAGUCUAGGUUUCCAUGUGCCUCCUUAUAUCACUGUUCCCCACCUGCACCUCCAUGUUCUAGCACCUUUCAGUCAAUUGUUUAAAUGGUCAAGGUGCAAGUAUACAGCCAUCUGGUACCUCACUGAGGAGAUGCUGCUUAAGGAACUGAUGGAGGAUAAAAAAGAAAACAAUGGACAUGUAACAAUUGCAUGCUGCCAUGUGUAGCUAUGUGAGCCUUAUUACUGAACAAAAAACUUGAAAUCACAAGGCACUUUAGUGAAGAUCAGUGGUUUUCAUUUUCAUAUUUUUUAUAUAAUGCUAAAGUAUUUUAAAGCAUGGGAUGGUAUUUUUUUAAAUUUGACAAUUACUAUUUAUAACUAAAGUGUAAUCUAAACAAUAAUGUCUAAUGUUAUUAAAUGGAUGGAAAUGUUGAUUUUUGUGUGAUUGAUUAUUUAUGUUAGUACACAUUUUACAUGCUAUGUUGUGAAAGAUUUAUCAUACAGUGAGCCAUGUUUUCUUCAGUGUUCAUGGUCAUGUUCUUUACAUAUUGAUCAGAAGGCCACAUCCUGUCUUUAAGUGUGCGGUUCUUGGUGUGAAUAAGCUGCUAAAUGUGCCAAAGCACUACACAUGCCAGAAACACAUGAAAUUAAGAAAUAUUUAAAAACUCAGAAUUAAUGGACAAAGGUUAAACGGACUUACAGUACAGUCAUCGAAACAUGGUAGCAUGGAUCAUGCAAAUUGUUUUUUUUUUUAUUCAUUGAA